CCCUUGUAUUCUUACAGCAUGGAUAGGUCCUAAACGCGAAAGAACAUGGCGGCAAUUAUCUUGUAGCAGUGGAUGUGCUUCUUAUUUUAACUUUUUAAGGUACAACUCGUCGUUCGUCAUCAUACAAUCGAGAGUGAUUUUUAGACAUCCAGCAAGUUGAAGAAAAACGUGACGUGAUGAGUUUCUUCAGCAAGGUGUUUGGCGGCAAGAAGGAGCCAGCUGCUCCUUCGACAGCCGAGGCGAUACAAAAGCUGCGCGAAACAGAGGAUAUGUUGAUAAAGAAGCAGGAAUUUCUGGAGAGUAAAAUAGACAAUGAGAUAUUAGUAGCAAAGAAAAAUGCCUCGAAGAAUAAGAGAGCUGCCAUCCAAGCAUUAAAAAGAAAAAAACGAUAUGAAAAGCAAUUACAACAGAUUGAUGGUACACUGUCUACCAUUGAAAUGCAAAGAGAAGCACUGGAAAGUGCUAACACAAACACUGCCGUUCUUACUACCAUGAAAGGUGCUGCAGAUGCAAUGAAAGCUGCACAUCAACACAUGGACGUUGACCAAGUACAUGAUAUGAUGGAUGAUAUAGCAGAACAACAAGAUGUAGCCAGAGAAAUUUCAGAUGCUAUUUCUAAUCCAGUAGCAUUUGGCCAGGAUGCUGAUGAGGAUGAGCUAGAGAAAGAAUUAGAAGAACUUCAACAAGAACAGCUUGAUAAAGAAUUACUUGGUAUCGACACAACAACAGAUGAACUACCGUCGGUACCAGUUUCAGUUCCUGUUGCACCAAGCAAGACUCGCACAAAAGCUAAACCUGAAGAAGACGAUGACUUGAAAGAGUUAGAAGCCUGGGCAUCGUAAAGUGAUAUUAAAAAUGAUGAUAAAAUCAAAGAUAUGAGAUGGUUUAGAUAAAUGUAAAUUGUAUAUUAUUAUCAUGCAUACUAUUAUACAUUAAAUAAUUAAAUUAAUUUUUUAAUAUGAUUGCGUAAUGUUUAGCUUCUUACAGAACUUUUGAACAGACAAAAUUGUUAAGAUUAAUAUUUAAGCUUGAGUAGAAAUUCUAUUGCUUAUAUUUUUAUGCCAUGAUAAAUAUUACUAACAAAAAGUAAAAUAAUAAGGAAGAGUUGCUUACAAUCACUGAUAAAAAGAGUAGCAUAUUUUAUAUUUAUAUUAAAUAUCUAGUAAUAAACGGAGAUAUGAAAUUAGGAAAUUUAGGAAGCAAUAUACAGGUGACAGUUUAUGUACCAUAAUAUACAUAAAAAAAUAUAUAUACAUAUAUAUAUA